UACUGAGAGCAAUAACAGGGAAAAUGCAGUGUGAACAGAUCAUUUCAGAUAUAUUCAGCAUGUCAGCAGCAGUCAGUGAUUGUCAGACGGAAGAAGAACUAGAAGAUCUGGGAGAAGAUGGACUUUCAGUUGACACCUUUAUCUCAAAUGCUGGACAGAGACUCAAGAAAAAGAAAACACCUUCAAAACCACCCCCAUCUCCUAAAUCACCAUAUAUGACAAGUGCCAACCUCCAUCCAAAAAAAGCUGCAGUGUGGAAUUCAUUGAAAGCCACCGGGGUCCCACACAGUGAAACCUUAACCACGCGUGUGCCUAGGGACUUCUGGGUGACGUCUCUCAAAAGCGGAGUCGAUAUUGAGGGGAAUCAAGCUAAACACUCCACUUCCACCAACAUGCCAGAGUACCUGAAGGAAGCUUUUGGGAUGAGGAAGCCGAAGUAUUCCCGCUCUUCCAGCAAUGGCUAUAUUCCAGGGACACCAGACUUCAAAGAGAAAGAAGACAUGUACGAUGAGAUUAUCGAGCUGAAGAAGUGUCUGCAGGCUCACAAGUCUGAAAAUGAUGUCAUGAAAACCAGAAUCCGUAGACUUGAAGAGGAAAACAGCAAAAAGGAGAAACAGAUUGAGCAGCUCUUAGACCCUAUCAAGGGAUCUGAAUACACAAGAAGCUUGGUUGACAAAAAGAAUGACCUGAGUUCAGUCUAUUAUGGGUUGAAGCAGAAGAUUCUGAAGCUUGAACAGCAAUGCAAAGAGAAGGAUACUGCAUUAAACAAACUACAAAGUGAUUUGAAGACUACCAACAUAGAAGAACUGAAGAUUACUGUGGAGACAUACUAUGAGGAGGUGCAGAGACUAAGAGUCUUACUAGCCAGUGCAGAGUCAACAGAGAAGAGUAAUACUGCUGAGAACAGAGCACAUCUGAAACAGCAGAAGGUUCUUAAUGCAGCCGUCCUUAAGCUGUCAAAAAACGUCAAGCACCUGGAAGAAGAGAAUAAAGCUCUUAGGGAGGAGGUCAGGAGAGCGAUGGGAAGUCCCUCCAGCACAUCGAGAGGCUAUUCCGACUGGAGCAAACAGCGGCUGGUGAGACGGGUGAUUGAGUUGGAAAAGAAAAUCAAGGAUGCCGAUUCUGGCAAUGGCACCAAGUCCACCAGCACAAACACAGAAGUGGCUGAGGCAGACCCCAUCCCACAGGGGGCGCCUGCACACCCCAGUGAAAAAGAGGCACGUCAGGAGUGUGCCCGCCUGCGGGGGAUAGUCAAGAGGCACCGAGAAGAGAGGACUAACCUCCAGAAGGAGCUUGCAAACAGAGACGCCGAGAUAAAGAGACUGUCCGCAGAGAGGGCCCGAGCCGUGAAGGACGUCGAGCGGGCGAAGGCGACAGAGCGUGAUCAGGCCCGACACCAUUUCAAGGAGGAGAUUGAAAAACUGACAGAAAAAAUAAACAUUUUGGAGUCCCAGUUGGAAGAGGAAAGACAUUUGACACUAAAAUCUUCGCAGCAUGGUGAACUGGAGCAAAGCUCUGGAGGUGGAAGAAGAGAGAUGCAGACGAGUCCGGCAUCGCUGAGAGAUGACGUCCACCAGGCGGCUGCAUCUGCACAGGAAGGCAGAGAGACGGAGGACAUGGCAGCAAACAGCCUCCAGCAGCGUCGGCAGCAGCACAGACUGGAGAAGCAUAAAUGUGACUUUUCUGAAGAGGAUGUUAUUUUAAUUCAGUCUGCAAUACGAGGACAUGUGACUCGGCAAAAAUCACUAAAUGCUAAAAACCAUGAAUGCAAGCUAUCCAGCUUUAAGAGCCCACAGGCGGAAAGCAGUGAGAGCGUUGAUCCGCGUCACACCAGUGACGGAGUUCCGGACAGUGCUGUGGUACUCCUGCAGUGUGUGUUCAGGGGACACUUGGCUCGGUGCUCUUUUAAAGCGACCAGGCCUACUGAGAACCCUGCAGCAUUACCUGCACUAAGAUGGGACUCCAAAUCCACGCAGAAGUAUAAAUCAAAAACACACGCUGUGAGAAGAGUCGUGGGAAGUGAUGAGGAAGAAAUUGAGGAGGAUAUUCCUGAUGUCUCUACUGAAGAGAAGCAGGGUGUCACAGAGUCCAAUGUGUACUAUUCCUCUCUCAGGAGGAAACAAGGUCCAGCACAGCUAGACCUCCAUCCAGCUGCUGAGUCUGCUAGAGCUGGGGAUUCCGAUGACUCUGAUGACAUCAUCAUUUCACCAUCCAGGCCCCUGAGACGACGGGACAUUUAUUUCUAGUGAAUACAUGUGACUGCAGAUUUGUGCGCUUCAGCGGUGGGCUUCUCAUGGGUCCUUUGUAGGUCUAUACAAGGGUGUGUAUAGUUUGCCAGUGGAGAAGAACAUGUGCACAGAGGAAAUUUUAUCCUGGCCAAUAACUGCAUAGAACAGUUCGGUUUUUGGUCUGGUUGGAUAAGACUCUCACUUGAAUAUAUUAUAAUGCAUGUACAAUAUUAUGAAUCUAAUUGUGUCAUCUUGUUUUACUAUUAUUAUUGCCGUUGUUUAAAAAUAAGUGCCUUCUCGCAUCUGUAUGUGGAGCAGAAAUGUCACAUUUUAAUAUUUCCUUUCUAUUGGAAUGUGUGCAGUCAACUUGUUUACAGUUUUUGAAAUCACAAAAAAAGUUACGUUUGUUCUUUAUGAGUGUAUAUCUGACAUUGUGGUUGCCAAUAAGUGAAUUUCAUAUAUCCGAACACAAAUGGAUGCUUCCCUUUCAAAACAAGCAAACAGUGCUGUUAUUUUCAGCAACUCUGAUAAUAAAAACUGUUUUUCUUGUUCAGACUGUGAAACCGCACCUGAUAUACUGUAAAUGUUGCAGCGUGACUUCCUCUAAGCAUAAUAAAACAUUUUAUACAAAUCGUAA